GACAGAGAGUGAGAGAGAGAGAGAGAGAGUGUGUGUGGAGCAGAGCAGGAGGUCUAGUGCUGAUAUUAAAACACACACGGGCACACCGCCACAGAUGACCGCGUCUCGUCUGCGUCUGGCAUCGUACUCGCAAAACGCACCGGGAACAGCGGGGACCGACUGCCACACUGCCGAGCGGAUGACUGUUGACUGCGCAGCGAGAUACAAACGCAACGGUUUCCCCAGACGGGGCGGAAGUUUGGAGUGGGGUCUGAUCGUGAGAAGCAGUCACCACGUGGGACUGAGUUGGUGUGCGUGAGAGGCUUUGCACAGAGUGGACCGAGAAGCAGUGACAGAGGGAGAGGGAGAGGGAUAUUUGAGGACGGAGCAGACCCUGCCAUGCCCUGCUUUUGUUUCCCAUCUGGGGGGGUCCGAGAGGGGACGGCUGCAGAACCUCAGAGCCGGCCAACGGAUUCUCCGCUCGCCAGAGUCUGAUCACUGACCACGGGAAACCCUGGGAGGACCGAACCCGAGCAAGGAACCCGACACCCUCAGAGACCCCCGGACCCCCGGACACCUACGCUGAGAAACCCCACAGCCCCUGACCCUCUCACCUGCCCCCCCCCCCCCCCCCCCCAGAGACGAUGUGGUGGUCUGCGCUGACCGGGCCCCUCUGCGCGUCGUUGCUCGUGACCCUGGUGGCGUUGGCGUGCGGCGGGCCGGAGCCCAGGAGGCCGUCGGACGGUCCGCAGGGGGCCGCGGCGGCGGCAGCGGGAGCGGCGACCCCCGGCGACGGAGGAGGCGGUAGCUACGGCAACCGUCAGUACCACAAGAUCCAGCACGGCCAGUGCUCCUACACCUUCAUCCUGCCGGAGGAGACAGGUGGGGGGGCGGCGGCGGCGGCGGGGGGGGCCCCCUGUCGCGAGGGGAAAGGCGGCGGCGGGGGCGGCGGGGGCGGCGGUGGUGGCGGGGCCCGCACCGGCGUUGGCACGGCGACGGGCGCCGGGGUCCGGUACAACACCAACGCGCUGCAGAGGGACGCCCCGCCCCCCCCCGGCGAGCCAGACUACCCCAGCCAGAAGAUCCAACACCUGGAGCACAUCAUGGACAACUACACCCAGUGGCUGCACAAGAUCGAGAGCUACAUCAGGGAGAGCAUGAAGACAGAGAUGGCUCAGCUUCAACAGAGCGCCGUCCACAACCACACGGCCGCCAUGUUGGAGAUGGGCACCAACCUGCUGUCCCAGACCGCCGAGCAGACCCGGAAGCUGACCGACGUGGAGACGCAGGUCCUGAACCAGACGUCCCGGCUGGAGAUCCAGCUGCUGGAGAACUCUCUGUCCACCAACAAGCUGGAGAAGGAGCUGAUGGUGCAGACGAAUCAGAUCAGCAAGCUGCAUGACAAGAACGGGCUGCUGGAGCAGAAGAUGCUGGAGAUGGAGGUGCGGCACCAGGACGAGCUGGAGCGCCUGCGGCUGGAGAAGGGCAGCCUGCAGUCCCUGGUGGGCCGGCAGACCGGGGUCAUCAAGGAGCUGGAGACCCAGCUGAACCGCGCCACCGGGAACAGCACCGCCCUGCAGAGGCAGCAGCAGGAGAUGAUGGACACAGUCACCAACCUCAUCAGCCUCUGCUCCAAGGAUACAGCGGUCCCCAACAGCACCAAGAAGGCAGAGGAGGACAAGAAGCACCGAGACUGCGCCGACGUCUACCAGGCGGGCUUCCACAAGAACGGGGUCUACACCAUCUACAUCACGCCCCAGGAGACCAAGAAGGUCUACUGUAACAUGGAGUCAGCUGGUGGCGGCUGGACGGUCGUUCAGCGCAGAGAGGACGGGAGCGUGGACUUCCAGAGAACAUGGAAGGAGUACAAGAUGGGCUUCGGGAACCCGGCUGGGGAGCACUGGCUCGGGAACGAGUUCAUGUACCUGCUGAGCAGCCAGCGGCCCAACGUCCUGCGAGUGGAGCUGACCGACUGGAACGGACACCAGGCCUUCUCCCUGUACGACCGCUUCCUGGUGGGCAGCGAGAAGCAGAACUACAGGUUGUCCCUGAAGAGUCACAGUGGUACGGCGGGUCGUCAGAGCAGCCUGGUGAUCCACGGCGCCGACUUCAGCACCACCGACAUGGACAACGACAGCUGCCUGUGCAAGUGCGCCCUCAUGCUCACCGGAGGUUGGUGGUUUGACGCCUGCGGCCCGUCCAACCUGAACGGAAUGUACUUCGCCGAGGGCCAACACAUCGGCAAGCUCAACGGCAUCAAGUGGCACUACUUCAAGGGCCCUAGCUACUCGCUACGUGCUACCACCAUGAUGAUCCGACCUCUGGAUUUCACCUAGGACCAGCAUCUAGCUACUAGCUACUAGCUCCUGGCUACCUGCUACCACCAUGAUGAUCCGCCCUCUGUACUUCACCUAGGACUAGCAUAUCGAUACUUGUUACGUGCUACGACUAUGAAGAUCCACCUUACAGACUUCACCUAGGAAUAGCAUCUAGCUUCGUUCUACGUGCUAUAACCAUGAUGAUACAACCACAACUUCUGCUAAGACUAGCUACUAGCUGCUUGCUACGUGCUACGACUAUGACUAUAUACCCUCUAGACUUUUACUAAGACCUGCUGCAAGCAACACGCUACUUACUACAAGAGUAAAAACCCAUCUUGUAGACUUCUGCUUAGAAUAGCAGCUAGCUACAUGCUACAACACUGACAAUCCGCCUUUUAAACAUGAUUCAAAACAUUUUACUUGCUGCUGGCUACGCACUACAACCACGACAAUCCAGCUCUGAGCCGUAUCCUCAGACUAGCUACUUGCUAUGUGAUGCGUGCUGUUACCCAUGACAAUCCAGCUAUUAGACCUCUCCUCAGACUAGCUACUUGCUACUUAAUGCGUGCUAUUACCAUGACAAUCCCGCUAUUAGACUUGUCCCAAGACUAUAACCUCUCUACGUGUCGCCAUAAUUAGCCCCUAGCCACUCUUUACUUGCUAGCAUGGCUCACCCGUUGACCUUCUCUUGAGUAGCCCGCCGCUAUGCGCUACAGCCGUGGUGAUUCGCCCGCGACGCUUCGCCGGGGAUCGGGUUUCAGACGUUUGUAAAAGGACACUUCCUGUUUCGCUCCGUGCGUGGGAUGCAGCCUGGCUCAUAACUGGGACGCUAUCGUUGUCUCGUAACCUUUUACACAGAUCUCAGUCCACAGGGAACACUGCCAAGUGGGACGGACUGGGACCUACUUCUGGGAAAGAGAAACGAAAGAAUGGACCUUUUUUUGUCUGGAGGCCAAGCUGCCUAAACCGGACUUGAUGUGGUUGAGGAUUCCUGGUUGGCAUUAACUGAUGGACUGCAGGCACAUCUCUGUCUCCGCACCCUGGACCGGUGUGCCGAGGGAACUUUGGUUGUGGAGAUCACCUCGAUACUGUGUUGGAUACUAAGGGCCGUGAGGUGAAGUGAACUGUCACUCACUAAAGCAGCACAUAACCCCUUCGUCUGUAUAAUAUGAAUAUAUAUAUAUAUAUAUAAAUAUAUAUAUAUUGUGUGUUUUUCUACUAUUGUCCUUUGUGUCACUUUGGUCCACUAUAUUACAGGUGGGUGGUGUUGGAGGUUUUAUGUAAAGGCCUACUUUGUACGUUGUUGUGUUCCCAUUAUAAGGAACAACUGAGGUUAUGUAAAUCUGUCUGGCGAUACCUUCUUGGUUAUGUCGAGGCGCUUGGCUUGUCUGGUACGCAUCCAGUGUUUGAAGAAGUGCUUCUGAAUAUCUCAGAGUUGUUAAGAGAUUCCAUCCACCAACUGUUGUUUGGACUAGGGCCUGAGACAGAGUGUGUAACCCUCAUUUGAAUGUCGAUUUACGAAUUGGCGGGCAAACGAUGCCGACUCGCCAAGCGAAUUAAAUCAAAAUUCCGUCGUUCAAAUUCUUCAAGCGUUGACGCAGGUGUGUGGAUGUGUGUAAUGGUUGGUAGUAUAUCUAUUUUCUCACUCGUAGAACAAUAAAAAUGUGUUUAGCGCUCGUGUUUUCCAUGCAAGGUGUAAAUAAUUGACCUGAUCAAAAACAACAGUAGUAGAACUUCCAUUGAGUGUGAGCAGAAGUGAACCCUUGACACGGUACGAUGCGUGUUUUCCCAUCUCGUUGGAGGGCCUUCUGGGGGCCGGAGCUCUGGUCCGGCCAGACUAUAUUUCCUUCCUAAUAGGUGAUAAAAGCGCCGUAAAACACAGAGAGUAAGACGGAUACUUAGCCCCUGUCAGAGCUCUGCUGGUUUCUGUGUGGAGUUGAAUCACGCAGUGGUUCCGCUAAACCAAUCACGAUUGCACGUCGUAGGACCUUCUCGAUGCGAACAGCAGGAAGGAAUAUAUAGGGGAACAUCUGGACCCGGAGAUAAGAACCAAUCUCCCCCCGUGAAGGACGACAAGACGCUGUGUUAUCAGCUGAUGUGUUUGGGUGCAGAAAUUGCUCUCCUGAGGGGACGAAUUCAUAGUUAGAGGUUCGGUAUUUCCACCCAUGGAGGUUCUGACAUCGAGCGAGAAGAAGAAAAGCCCUCAAACCCUCCUUUCCUUUUACCUCAUCGUGUUGUACAUUUGCCGAUUUAUUUAACGUCUUUUUUUUUUCUUUUUUGUCGUAACAAGGGGUACGUGUUGUGUUUUUAAGAUUAAAUAAAGAAGCAUGUGAUGCGCAAAUGUUUCCAACGUG